UCCACACUCUUCUUACAAUUUUCCCUUUGUUUUUCUUCAUCACAUUAUCACCUAAAAACAGAAGAAAAAGGAAAAAUGUCACUUACAAUCCCUGCAAAUUUCUCAAAACCCUUGUUGAAGCCAAAACUUAUUGGCUCUUCAAGACAGUCCUCUCUAAUAGUCUGCUCAGCCAAUCCUUCUCCUCAAUCACCACCGGAGAAACAAUCAUCGCCGCUCCAAGCAUUCUCCGCCGCGUUAGCUCUCUCCUCCAUUCUCCUAUCAGCUCCGCUCCCCGCCGUCGCCGACAUCGCCGGCCUGACUCCCUGCAAAGAAUCAAAACAAUUCGCUAAACGCGAAAAGCAACAAAUCAAAAAACUCGAGUCGUCGCUCAAGCUCUACGCGCCGGACAGCGCGCCGGCGUUGGCCAUCAACGCGACGAUCGAGAAGACGAAGCGGAGAUUCGACAACUACGGGAAGCAAGGGCUGUUAUGUGGUUCCGAUGGACUGCCGCAUUUGAUUGUGAGCGGUGACCAGAAGCACUGGGGUGAGUUUAUCACUCCCGGGGUUUUGUUCCUCUACAUCGCCGGCUGGAUCGGGUGGGUCGGCCGGAGUUAUUUGAUUGCGAUUAGAGGUGAGAAGAAGCCGACGAUGAAGGAGAUUAUAAUUGAUGUUCCGUUGGCUACUAGCUUGGUUUUCAGAGGAUUUUCUUGGCCUAUUGCUGCUUACAGAGAGCUCCUUAAUGGCGAACUUAUUGCUAAGGACGUUUGAUUUUUCUUCAGAUGAUGUAAUUGAGAACAAGAGUACGGGCGAGGAGAACAAAGGGUUUGGUUAUGAAUUUGUUGAGAAGGGAGGGAUCUUGUCAAGAAUUUGUGUUUUUAUUUUGUGAAACAAUUUACUUGUACUAUUUGUUAGUAUAAACUCAGUGUGAUUAAUUAACUUGCAAAUAUAAUUUAUUUAGAAUUAUAAAUCAA